UACAUAUAAUCUCGAAAAAGCCCGGCAAAACACACACGCUAGUUUAGUGUGGUAGGUUUCCCUGUGCUUUUCAUCUUUUGCAUCUCUUCUCUCUCCAAUCACCGCCCCUUAAACAGCUCCUUCAAUCUGCAAAUCUACUCGCUUGCUUGCUUGCUGCUACCUUCAUAUAUAUUGUUCUGUAACCUCCCCUAUCUAACUCCUUCACUUGAAAGAACCAAUAUUUUUUAAUUUAAUUUAGCCGUACUAAAGUACCAUUUUCUUACAUUUUCAUUGGCAAUCUUGUUCAUUUACAAACGAAUCUGCAAGUUUCAAGCUUUUUUCUUCACAUCUUCUCUCUCUACACGUUCGGGGAGAAGAAGACGAAGAAGAGAAGCAAUAAUGAAGCUUUUUGGGGUUUGGGUUGUUUUAGCAUUUGCUUUUGCUCAACUGGUUACUGCCUUUUUAGAUUUUAAUGAAACUGAGCUGUCUUUUCUUGAGUAUUUGGAAUAUGGAGCCUCCAAAAUCAACUAUAACCCUCUCAUGGUUGGACUCACUCUUAUUCAUACUGCUGGUGCUAAAGGAGCUGUCUGCCUAGAUGGAACAUUGCCGGGGUAUCAUUGGCAUCGUGGAUAUGGAUCAGGAUCGAAUAGCUGGCUCAUUCAAUUGGAGGGAGGAGGAUGGUGCAAUAACGUUCGAACUUGUGUCUACCGCAAGAAAACCAGACGUGGAUCAUCUAUGUACAUGGAAAAGCAGAUACCAUUUACAGGCAUAUUAAGUGAAAAAGCUGAAGAAAAUCCCGACUUUUUCAAUUGGAACAGAGUAAAGCUUCGUUAUUGUGACGGCGCCUCUUUUACUGGGGACAGUCAAGAUAAGGCUGCCAAGCUGCAAUUUAGAGGCCAACGCAUAUGGUUAGCUGCAAUGGAAGACUUAAUGUCUAAAGGAAUGCGCCAUGCAAAUCAGGCUCUUCUUUCGGGGUGUUCUGCUGGAGGUUUGGCGGCGAUUUUGCACUGUGAUGAGUUUAGGAACAUGUUUCCCAGAAACAUUAGAGUUAAAUGCCUUGCUGAUGCUGGUCUAUUCCUUGAUACGGUUGAUGUCUCUGGUGGUCGGACACUUAGGAGUAUGUACAGUGGCGUGGUUGGCCUGCAGGGUGUGCAACACAACCUGCCACGCAUAUGCACCAACCACCUAGAUCCAACUUCGUGUUUCUUCCCGCAAAAUCUAAUCAGCCAAAUCCAAACUCCACUGUUUAUUCUUAAUGCAGCUUACGAUUCAUGGCAGAUUCAAUCCAGUAUAGCCCCUCCAUCGGCGGAUCCACACGGUUAUUGGCAUGAUUGCAGAUUGAACCAUGCAAAAUGUUCUCCUUCCCAGAUCAGGUUUUUACAAGGCUUCCGGACGCAGAUGCUUAAUGCCAUAAAAGGGUUUGCAAUGUCGAGACGGAACGGAUUAUUCAUAAAUUCGUGUUUUGCUCACUGCCAAUCAGAAAGGCAAGACACAUGGUUUGCCGAUGAUUCUCCUGAAAUCAGAAACAAGCCAAUUGCAAUAGCUGUUGGAGAUUGGUAUUUUGACAGAGCAGGAGUGAAGUCCAUUGAUUGUCCGUAUCCCUGUGACAGAACAUGCCACAAUCUGGUUUUCAGAUGAGGUACUCUGUCGUGUUAGAAGUAGCUAGCAUGGAUAUUUGAAGAUAUCAACCCUGCAAUUCAAUGAAAUUAAAUACAAGACAAUAAAAGAGAGGGAAGGUUGUCGAGGAAAUACGAAUGCAAUCCGCAAAUCUCCCGACUGUGAUGUCUGCAAAAUAGCAUUGCUCAUUGUUGUUGUUGUGAUUGUUGGCUAUUAUGUUCUCGAUUGAUAUUUUGAUAGUCAUAGUGUUACUGCCUUCAUUUGAUUUGGUUAUUAGCAUAUUGCCAUCCCCUUUUGAUUUUCCUUUUAAUCUAUCAAUUAAAACC